AUGUUGGACUCUACCAAUGGUCUUCUGCGGGGUCAGAAAGAGCACCUUCGCCGGCUGGAGGGCGAGAAGGACAGCCUGGAGGCGACACCGGAAGAGUUGGCUGAAGCUCAUCACCGCCCGCGGGAAGAGAACGACAAGUUGGAGUGCCGGCUGCGGAGCUUCGUGGUUCGUUUCGGGGAGCACUUCCAAAGAAGAGGUUCUUCUACUGCAUUCCGGGGGCUAACCUUAAUCUCUUCAAGCGAGUUUAGUCUGUCUCGCAUAUUAAAUGCGUGUGCAGGUUUGGGGGAUUGUAGUCAAGGAAGGAAAGCUCAUGGAUAUUUGAUAAAGCUCGGAUAUGAAUCAGACCGGUUCUCAGAAAAUGCACUUGUUGAUAUGUAUGCAAAAGCAGGGGAUCUUGAAGAUGCAAUAACUGCCUUCGAGGAGAUAUCGCAACCUGAUAUUGUCUCUUGGAAUGCUAUAAUUGCUGGAUGCGUCCUCCAUGAACAAAACCAUCAGGCUUUGGAAUUAUAUAUACAGAUGAAUAGAUCAGGAAUAUUUCCAAACUUGUUCACCUUGUCAAGUGCUCUUAAAGAUUGUGCUGGUAUGGAGCUAAAUUAUUUGGCCAGACAGUUGCACACCAUUGUGAUGAAGCUUGACAAAAAGGCAGAUAGUUUUGUCAGGGCUGGACUCGUCGAUAUGUAUUCUAAAUGUAGGUUAAUGGAAGAUGCAAGAAUGGCCUUCGAUUUGAUGGCACAGAAGGGCCUAAUUGCAUUGAAUGCUCUAAUUUCUGGAUAUUCACAAAACGGGGAGGAUGUGCAAGCUGUGUCCAUCUUUGCUGAGACAUACAAAAAGGAGAUAGGUUUUAACCAGACAACUUUAUCGGUCAUUCUUAAGUCAGCCACCAGCAUCCAGGCUAUUGAUUUUUCUAUGCAGGUUCAUGCCCUUUCUUUAAAAUUGGGUUUUGAUAAUGACAGUCAGGUGGCGACAAGCCUCAUUGAUGCAUACAGUAAGUGCGGGAACAUAGGAGAAGCAGCAAGAGCUUUCGAGAUUUUUGCUGCUGGAGAUUUAGUGGCUCUCACAUCUAUGAUUGCUGCUUACGCACAAAGGGGACAAGGGGAAGAAGCUGUAAAGCUAUACCUGGAAGUUCAACGCAGAGGCCUCAAGCCAGAUCCGUUUGUUUGCAGUUCUCUUUUAACUGCAUGUGCAAAUUUAUCGGCAUAUGAGCAGCGGAAACAGGCACAUGUUCAUGUCCUGAAGUUCGGUUCAUGUCAGACGUUUAAAAGAGUCAUAACACAUACAGACUAG